GGCGACAACUUUGCUAAUUCGAAAAAAAAAAUAGCGCUAGAAUGAGAGCUUUAGAAAGCCAGAAGUUCCCUUCGUUCCGGUCGUUUAGAAGGAGUAAGAAAUCCAAAGGAAGCAUUGAUGUGCUCCAGAUUCACAAGGUUGAUGGACUGAGCGACCCCACUGAUAUCCACCGUCAGGCUCCUAUCUCCCUUUCUAAAACCGCCAUGUUAGAAACUCCAAUUGUUCACGUUCAGUCUAUUGUUCCUGCUGCGCUUGCAGAGUUCCAAGCGUUAGAUUUGGCUUCAGAGCUGGUUCUGUUGGACAUUAACUCCCUGUUAAUCGCCAAGAUCCCUGAGGCCAUGUACAGCGGCUAUGCCUACGUCGAGUGGUACGUUUCCAACGCUAAGCAGUCAGCAGCUUAUUUCCAACACUCUUUAGGAUUCAAGCCGGUGGCCUAUAAGGGUUUGGAGACGGGAUCCCGCGAUGUCUGCUCGCACGUUGUCCGCAAUGGUGACGCCAUCUUUGUCUUCACCAGUGCCCUCAGAAGUAGUGCCCCGGAAGGCUCUGAGGACAAGGAGACUGUGGAUGCCAUCCAUAGUCAUAUUACCAAGCACGGUGAUGGGGUCAAAGACGUGGCAUAUUACGUCAACGAUGCACAGACCCUUUUUACUAUCUCCACCGAGGCCGGUGCUCGGGUUAUCGAGCCUCCACACACCGUUCAAGACGAGUACGGCAGCGCUGUGAUUGCCCGUAUCUCUGUAUUUGGCGACACGGUUCACAGUUUGGUCCAACUUCAGGAUUAUGCUGGUCCUUUUUUGCCCGGGUACAAGCCCCCAAAGGCGCAACAAGCCACCAUCUUUGAUGAUCUAAGCCCAAUAGAGUUGAUCCGUAUCGACCACUGCGUGCAGAAUCAGGGUUGGGAUAAGAUGGUUGAGUCAUGCUCGAAGUACUCCAGGAUGCUCGGCUUCCACAAGUUCUGGCUGGUUGAUGAGAAAGACGUCUCCACUGAGUUUUCCGCUUUGAAAUCCAUAGUCAUGGCCUCCCCUGACGAGGUGAUCAAGAUGCCGGUUAACGAGCCCGCCGUGGGGAAAUGCAAGUCUCAGAUCGAGGAGUUUAUCGAGUUUUACGAUGGCCCGGGCAUCCAGCACGUUGCUAUUUUGACCGAUGACAUUAUUGCUACGGUUGGAGCUAUGAAACUGCGGGGGUGCGAGUUUAUCAGCGUUCCAGAUGCGUAUUUCGAUAAUUUAAGGGAGAGACUCGCAACAAGCAGUACCGAGAUUUUAGAAUCUAUGGAUGAGUUGCAAAGAUUGGGGGUGUUGGUGGAUUUUGACGAGAACGGCUACCUCCUUCAGUUAUUUACUCAGCCUUUGUCUGACAGACCGACGUUGUUCUUGGAGAUUAUCCAGAGACACAACCAUAACGGGUUUGGAGCGGGAAACUUCAAGGCGUUGUUUGAAACAAUCGAGCAAGAACAGCGGAAAAGGGGGACGUUGUAACAAGCGCUGUGGGGUACCAGUCGUGUGACUUUAAUUUAGAAUUCAAUAAUGGCUGAAGUUGUUUGGAUAUAUAGACGGGUAUGCCUUGUGUUGAAGGUUCAUGUCAUGCGUGUGGUAAAGCAAUCGACGUUACUCAGGUCUAACCAAAUUAAUAUUUUAAUAUUUAUAUAUUCAU